UUGGGGAAGCCAAAGCCAAUUGUUAAACAAAUAUAUCGAGUUAGAGGUACACGGUAUAAUCGAGUAUACAUUCGAGUUCUAAAGUGAAAGACGCGUUGCCCAACCAACAUAAGGCCAUCUCUGAACUUUCACUCUCCGUUUUGUUCCAGACUUGAAGGGUUGAGCAACACUGAGAAAUGCCCUUCUUCUUCUUCUUCAGCUCAGAUCUUUAGGUUGAUGAAGAUUUAUUCGUAGUGUCUUGGAUUGGGUAUACCGACUGUUGUUGGGUCAGUGAGCAAAAUGGUGCCAGCAAGAAAUUAAUCCUAUAGGUCACAACUCAAUUGGGUGAUCGCUCCUUUUGACAAUGUCAAGACCCUGGGUACUGGUUUGUCUUCUCCUGUUGAUCGUGUUUACGUCACAGUUAGAAUGGAAGCAACAAUAUGGGAAUGAUGAGCGGAGUCCAAAUCCUUCAAAGAAACAGCAAUAUAUUUCUGAAAGGGAAGAAGCUGUGAAAGAAAAGAUUAUCCUCUCUCAAGAGAAAAAUAUACAGAAACUUAAUGAGCUCGUGCGGAGUCUUCGAGAACAGUUACUACAAUGUAGAGGUGAAAGUGAGGUUGUCAAUGGCACUGCAACCCCUUUGACCAAACUUCUUUCUGACCUAGAAAGGCAUGCACUCUUGGAGGAUUAGUCAUUGAUCACACGCGUUAAACAUCAAAUAUGUAUCUGUAAGUAGGCACAACAAACUUUUCCACUAAGCCAUAGCUUCAUCUGAAACAUAUCCUUUAAUGCUUGAAUGCCAGAAUGCAAUAUUGAACUCUCAUCUCAGUAUUCUGGA